CGCUAGCGUCGGCAGCCGCGCAGGGGUGGUCUUGUUGCUCCGGAGCCGGCUGGCGUUGCCGCCCAGCCUCCUGUCAUGGGCAGCUCCGAGAGUGCCGAGGCCCGAAGGGUGUCCUUCGGCAUGGACGAGGAGGAGCGGGUCCGGGUGCUGCAGGGCAUCCGGCUGUCUGAAAGUGUGGUGAACCGCAUGAAGGAUUCCAGUCAGCCUUCAACAGGGCAGCAGCCAGCCCCUGCUUCUGCACCUACUGCCCCUGCUCCUGUGCCCACUACUUCUAUGCCCACACCUCCUCCACCUUCUGCAUGUGGCCUCCCAGAAGAUACCUCUAAAGCCCCUCAGGCAGACUCCAAAGUACCCAGGACACAGAGCAGUGGUAGCCAGCAGCCCUUGGUGAUGGCAAAGGAGAAUCUCAAGAGGUUCCAACAGGAGCAGGCUGCAGUCCAGGAUGAGCUAGUCCAGGUGGCAAAAAAGGAGAGAGAGGCAGCCGAGAAGCGCUUGAAGGCAUCACUGCCGAAGAAACGGGGCAGCCCCAGCCAUGAACAGCAGCAUUCGGCACAGCUGGCCAGGGAACUGAAGAACAGAGAGGCGGAGCUCAGCCACAGCAACACCUUCUACAAGGAGCAGCUGGGACGCAUCGAGAAGAAGAAUGCCGAGAUGUAUAAAUUGUCUUCCCAGCAAUUCCAUGAGGCAGCCUCAAAAGCGGAGAGCACAAUAACGCCCCGCAGAGUGGAGCCCGUGUGCUCAGGCCUACAAGCCCAGAUCCUCCGCUGCUACCGUGACCACGUGCAUGAGGUGUUGCUGUGCUCAGACCUGGUCAAGGCGUACCAACACUGUGUGAGUGCUUCCCGCAAGGGCUGAGGAGCAUUAUCCUUCCUGGAGCUUUGAAGGAGGAAUCGAUCAUGGAACCACAGACCUCAGGCCACAGCUCCUGUGCCCUACCAUCUCCAGCUGGGCACCCAUAUGCCACUGAGCGUGGGGCCACCUUGUGCUUAGCAAACAGUAUGUGCUACUGUCCGAGAACAAAUAAAGCAGAUGUCUUUGUUUGCAGUUA